AUCAUUUAAUUAAGCUGUGAUACAUGUAGAAUGGCCUCAUUCUGGCUCUAUGAUUCCGAAGAGAAUGAUCUCCAUGCGGUCAGACUGCUUGCCGUCGAGCAGAAGCCAUUCCAGCGAGUCUUCAAGCGCUUAACGCACUCGGAUUCCGUUAUACUCAAACGCAGCCGACACUUACCGACACCGCCACCUGACGUACCAGAAGAUGGGAAUGUUGAGACCGAGCCCGCGGACGAUUUUGCUGCGCGAGUGAACAGAGAAAGAGAGCGAUGGCGUGAAGACAUGAAACUAGACUUUGCGGCCCUAGAGAGUAGUAUGGUACGCAUCCAACUUUUGCAGCGAUCAAACGAACGAGAAAGAGAACGUUACGCUUCGAAGAAACUCAAGAUCAUGGACACUGCGGAAAAGAUUAGAAAGUCGAAUAUUGAGCUUAAAUCACAGUUGGAACUCGCACGGCAGACAAUGGAGUCGCGCAAGAAGUAUGACGAGCUCGCGGACAAGAUAUUCAGUAACAAGCUACUCAAGUCACGAGAAGAACAAACGCAAAUGCAUGAAAAGUUACAGAAAGAGAUUGCCGAACAGGAGCAAGAGGCAAAGGAGUAUGCCCAAGCGGUUAACGUUCGACGGCGUCAAUGGUUUGGCGCUGUACAAGCAGCUUUGAUGGAUAUGAAGGGUAUUCAGCAUCCCGAGCUGCAACAACAAGACGACGAGCUUAAGAUCAUGGAAGGGGACGGUUAUCUAGUGCGUGAUGAGGAGCAGGAAAACUCAGGUCGAGAGGGCAGUAGACCUCAUUCAAGAUCGAGAUCAAUGUCUGCCGCAAGGGAGACUACUCCCGAUCCGACUGAACAGAAUGACGAAGCUGCUACUGAGACUGAGGAGAUGUCGAAGUUGCUCUCUCAACAGGGUGGAGCGACUGAAUUGCAAAUCAACCGAUUGAACAUUGAGGCGAUGGGAGAAGAUACUGCUAUGCGUGAAGAAGUCAUAGCUACUCUUCUUGAAAACGCCGAGGAAGGGGAGGCAACUGAUUCGAACGAUAUAAUGGAAGACUAGAGUUCAAUUCUUAGCAAUCAAAACAGUCCUCGCACAUUUGACUAGGGGACUUUGAAUUGUCUGCUCUUAUGUGUGACUCUUCGGAGCUGCACAUGACAUUAUACGUUGUCCCUGAUUUGGUGCUCUUAAAUUCUUUCUUGAAUUCAAUUUAUU